CCUAUCUCUAAAUGUGAGCUAGCCGAAAUAAUACGUACGUAAGCAAAACUUUGACGUGUCAACAUUUUUUGAGAAGAGAAGCCGAAUCCUUUUCGGGUUCGCUCCUUAAAUUUGCAACCAUAUUUAUUGCCUUUUAGCUCAGUGCGAACUGUUAAGUGUCAAACAUUUGCCAUGCCUACCAAAUAUAUUGUUAGCAGUAUCUGGCUAUUGCUACAUCUCAGUUAUGGGUUUUAUCUUCCCGGGCUGGCUCCCGUCAAUUACUGCAUCAAGGAUAAACAAAGUGACACAUGCAAAAAUGAUGUAUCAGUUUUUGUUAAUCGGCUCAACUCAGAGGAAGCUAUAAUUCCUUACGAAUACCAUCACUUUGAUUUCUGCACCGAUGACCAUGAAACAGGACCAGUAGAAAACUUAGGCCAAGUUGUCUUCGGAGAACGGAUUCGAUCAAGUCCCUACAAGUUGGAGUUCAAGAACAAUCAGGAAUGGAAUUAUGCCUGUAAGAAGUCUUAUCAACCAGGCAACCAGGAAGAUAUAAAAAAAAUUAAAGAACUAAUCCAUGGAAUAUCAUUAAAUUAUCAACAUCACUGGAUUGUUGAUAAUAUGCCUGUGACGUGGUGUUAUCAAGGAGAACCUGGCCAACAAUUCUGCAGUACUGGUUUCCCAAUGGGUUGUUAUCUUCCAAAAUCAGGCAAACCCAAAGACGCCUGUGUGAUGAACCCUGCCUUCAGCAAACCGGAUACGUAUUACAUUUUUAACCAUAUUGAUCUCACCAUUACCUAUCACGGUGGCAAAGGAGAAACAUGGGGUACCGAGUUGGAUGACGAUAUUGGGCGAAUUCUAAGUGUGAAAGUGGGACUACGCUCGCUUAGUGUGGAAAAGGAUCCUACGUCACCUCCUAUGAUCGUACCAAAGGAGCUUAAGGAGCCCCUCACAAUCACAUACACCUAUUCCGUUAAAUUCAUUGACGACCCGUUUACCAAGUGGUCAUCUAGGUGGGAUUAUUUGCUUGAAUCGAUGCCUAGUGCCAAUAUUCAGUGGUUUUCCAUUUUGAAUUCAUUGGUUAUUGUCCUUUUCCUGUCUGGCAUGGUGGCUAUGAUAUUACUGCGAACAUUGCACAAAGAUAUUGCCCGCUAUAAUCAGAUUGAUUCUGGGGAAGACGCACAAGAAGAAUUUGGAUGGAAAUUAGUUCAUGGUGAUAUAUUCCGCCCACCACGAAAGGGCAUGUUACUCUCAGUGUUUGUGGGAUCGGGUGUUCAGGUUUUCAUAAUGACCCUGAUCACCUUAAUUUUUGCUUGUUUGGGAUUCCUGUCACCAGCCAACCGUGGUGCAUUGAUGACAUGCGCCUUGGUUCUCUACGUGUGCUUGGGUACGCCAGCCGGAUAUGUUUCAUCCCGUAUCUACAAAUCUUUCGGUGGCGAAAGAUGGAAGUUGAACGUUCUUCUUACUUCCAUGCUAUGUCCAGGGAUUGUGUUUGCCAUCUUUUUUGUUUUGAAUUUGGUUCUUUGGAGCAAAGGAAGCUCAGGUGCUAUCUCCUUCGGCAUUUUAGUGGCAUUGUUAGCCCUAUGGUUUGGCAUCUCAGUUCCACUUACGUUCGUCGGCGCAUUCUUUGGCUUCCACAAAAGGCCAAUUGAGCACCCCGUUCGGACAAACCAGAUUCCAAGACAGGUUCCCGAUCAAAGUGUUUACACACGCCCGGCCCCAGGAAUUGUCAUGGGCGGCGUUUUACCCUUCGGUUGCAUCUUCAUCCAACUAUUUUUCAUACUCAACUCCCUGUGGUCCAAUCAGAUGUAUUACAUGUUCGGAUUCCUCUUUUUGGUCUUCAUCAUUCUGGUCAUCACUUGUUCGGAAACGACAGUCCUACUCUGUUACUUCCAUUUGUGUGCUGAGGAUUACCAUUGGUGGUGGCGAAGCUUUUUAACAAGUGGUUUCACAGCCUUUUACUUGUUCCUGUAUUGCGUCCACUAUUUUGUCACAAAAUUAGAGAUUGCAGAUGCUACAUCUACUUUCCUUUACUUUGGAUACACAUUCAUUAUGGUUUUCAUGUUCUUCCUACUUUCAGGAACUAUUGGUUUCUUCGCAUGCUUUUGGUUUGUACGCAAAAUUUAUUCAGUGGUGAAAGUGGAUUAAAUAUGUUAAGUUAAAUAAAUGCUGGCCAUAAUUACUUUAGCAAGCAAGCAUUAAUACAGGUAUUUAGUUGUUUCUGUUUGCAGUUUAUGAAAUUGAUUAUUAUUCUUAUUCGCGCAGCUCAUGCACACCAGUAUUCAUUAUCUUCAUCAUUAUUUGUCUUGUAAUAAGAUAAAUAUUAUCACACAUGUAAAAUUUUGUAUUGGUCAAAUACUAAUGAGAAAAAUCA